AUGAGCUCCUAUUUUCUAAACUCUUUCUCAGGGCGCUAUCCGAAUGGGUCCGACUAUCAGUUACUAAAUUAUGGGACUAACGGCGCAAUGAACGGCUCUUACCGGGACUCUACGGGCAUGCAUUCCGGCUCUUUCGGUUACACCUACAAUGGGAUCGACCUUAGUGUAAAUCGCUCUAACAACAAUGCCCACUUCGGCACGGUUGGGGAUAACGGCCGUGCUUUCCAGAAUCCGGGCACGGACACCCGGUACCGUCAAACGAGCUGCUCUCUUGCUUCUCCAGACGCCCUUCCCUGCACCAACAGCGACAGUCUGAACCUGAAAGGCACCCCUGGCUCCUCUGACCAGACCACGACCGGGGGCAAUAGUGCACUCACCACCAACAGCAGCAAUCUCAGCAACAACACACACUUUGCAGAAACGGACGAGGCAAACGUCUCGUCGGAGCCUGAGGAAGGCGCGCAAGCUAACCAUGCGACUACACGCACUCAGAAACAAGAACCAGCGGCACCUUCCACCACAACACCCGGGGACGGCCAAACACCACAGAUCUUUCCAUGGAUGCGGAAACUUCACAUUAGCCACGAUAUGACUGGACCUGAUGGGAAACGGGCUCGAACUGCCUACACACGCUAUCAGACGCUAGAGCUGGAGAAAGAGUUCCAUUUCAAUAGGUAUCUGACCCGGAGAAGGAGGAUAGAGAUAGCCCAUGCUCUCUGUCUCACCGAGAGGCAAAUUAAAAUAUGGUUCCAGAAUAGGAGGAUGAAAUGGAAAAAGGACAACAAGCUAAAAAGCAUGAGUCUUGCUACGGGAGGAAGCGCCUUUCAAAACUGAAUUUGUUGAGGAUAUUCAACUACUGUUAUAGCACUGCACCUUUCUGCUUGUCAUUAUCAGGCAUCAUUUCUCUGUGUGACUGGUGUAACACGAAUUGUCAACCGUUUAGUAUUGUUCUAUCCCAUAUGCCAUAGGGCUACAGUUAACAGCCGCCGUAAAUUAAGUGUAAAUGCUACGUAUCAAGUUUAUACUUUCGUGGAAGAAAGCAUGUUCCAUGUAAGCUCUUUGUGCGCAACUUUAAAUACGUAAAAGGAAUAUUGUACAGUAUCAACGCGAACUACCUAUAUCAUCUAGUCAAAAAAUGUUGUAUUCUUAUGAACUUGUAUAGGGACGUCAGUGUAGACUGUUUUCCAGUUUUCAAGACAUUUAUGCUUGUGCGUUUAUUAAUUUCUUGGAUAGUAUUGGUACACUGCGAAAAGAUUAUCUGCAUUCGCACUUAGAAUACAGUUAUGUACUUUAUGUUGCAUCUAAACAUUUCUGGACUGGAUUCUGUGUCCAUGAUGAGUGAAUUUUGUUUUAUGUACAGUUGUGACCAAUUUUAUUUGUACAAUGUGAGUGGUGAACGUUUCGUGUUAAAAAAGCGAAGAAAAAUGUUUUAAUGUUGAUAUGCUGGGAAUUUUGCC